UCUUGCUCCAAAGAUCCGGGUCAACCUCCUCAAACUCCAACCAGCCAUUCCCAAACCCAAACAACGAUGAAGAUGGCAGCGGAAGGCCAUGAGAUGUUUCAGUGGUUUGCUUGUUCGUGUCUCGAUCCUCUGCUUGUCAAGAAGAGCACAACAAAGGCGCUGCUAGCUAGAGCUAAAUAGUAGAGCUUCAUCUCGUCAUUGCUUGUUUCAAUAGAACAUGAGUGGACUAGACGAACCCCACAUGAUCGCCAUGAAUGGCAGUGUGAUGGAGGAAGACGAUGUCUCUACUAGUACCAGCCAUCCACCGUCGUCAUCACCUCCAAGAUGGUCUCUCUCUUUGAAACAACGAAAAGUGGGCCUCCUGGUGUUUUCUGUGUUGUACAUUCCCUUGUUUGCGGGAGCUUUCUUUGGCUUUGGUCCCAUGCAACUCAUGCUCGAAGAAAGCGGCGCCUUUCACUCGCUCUGCCCUGCUGGUAAUGACACUGGUACGUCCAGCAACAAUAGCACGUAUGAGGAUCAAGCACCAGCAGAGCAAGAAGUGUGUCCGGAACAAACGGCUCGUCUUUUGACCAUCCCCUUUGUGGGACAAACCAUGAUUCUCGUGAGUCCCUUGUUGGGAAUUGUGGUGGAUCGCUGGGGUCCCGUGGCUCUCAUGUCCUUUUUGGGACUGUGUGGAUGCGCGGGUGUGGCCUUUCUAGUGGCGGCUGUCGCUAUUCCCCACGAUUAUCUACUCUUUGUGGCAUUUGUGGGCAUUGGACUCAUGUCCACCGCUACCUCUAUCAUGACGGUCAAGACGGGAAUGGUAUUUGCGGAUCCACCUAAAAUGGAAGAAGAAGAAAUGAGGGGCGAAUCCGAAGAAGAAGACAAGAUGACCACCACGACAGAAGACAACACGCAAACCCAACAACAACAACAAGACAGUCACAUGGGCCAACGACGAGUCAUUUCCGGGCUCAAUGCACUCUUUGAUGCGGGCAGUGUCACUUACUUGGGGCUCUGGGGAAUCUAUCAGGCAGGACCUUCCAUAUCGGUUGUCUUUGGGUUGUACCUGAUACUGGCCUUUUUUUGUUUUGGAGGUGUCGUUCUCUUUUGGGUGGCAUUGGGGGAGGAGGCGUUUCCAACUACAUGCACUACUGCUGCUACUACCGGUGACCUACUAGCCCAAGAUGAUGAUGAUGAUGACAUUCAAAAAGACAAUCCAAUCAAGAGAAGCACGUUGGAUACGGUCGCGGCCAGUACCAUGAUCAUUGCGGCUCAAGACGAAUCGGAAAUCAUCAACCCAGCAAUAACCUCGGGUCCAACAGAAACGGUGGACGAGGUCGAUGUCACCACUACCGAUCCUGACAAUCCAGAACCACCCAACGAUGAUACUACAUGUAUUAAACAACAGUUCGACACGACAACAAUUGACGCCAUGUAUGUUCCGAUCCGUCAACGGACGCACAAGGAACAACUACUGUCGUGGCCGUUUGGCAUGCUGGUGCUCUUUUUUGCCAUUAACCUGGCACGCAAUCAAUUCGUCCUCACCACGGCACGAGACUAUCUCGCGUACCUCGGUGGUGAUGGCAACGACGAACAGAGUCAACAAUACUUGGCCACAUUUACGCUCCUCAUGCCGGCAUCUAUUGUGGGCGUUCCCUUUACCGAUCAAAUGGUGGCACGAUUUGGAUUUCAUGCCGGAUUCCAAACCGUUUGUUUCCUGGGGGCCAUGCACGGAUUGAUUCAACUAUUCUGCCAAGAAUUGAAUGGCGUGCAAAUCUUUGGAUUUCUCGUCUUUUCUUUCUACCGAUGCUUUUUGUUUUCCAUUGUCUUUAGCUACAUCCCGACAUUGCUAUCGGGUCGUGUGGUGGGCAAGGGAGUCGGUGUGCUGCAUUUGGCCGGUGGUGCCGCUUCCUUUUGGAACAUUCCACUCUCCAACGUUACCGUCAAGCAGUUGGACGGGAACUUUUUCAUCCCCAAUCUACUCUAUACGCUACUCAUCAUCCCCUGUUCUGUGGCUGCCUACGUGAUUGGCAGGUCGAUUCGGCAAGAGACGCGGGCACUAUCAUCAUCAUCGUAGCUAGGCAGGCAACCAUGGAGGAGUAUGUUGGUCUGGUGGGGGGUUGGUGAAUGCUAUUAUUAUAAUACAAGGGACGGCUUGAAUGACUUUUCCUUGAUCCUUGCAUCAACUACCGUCAGGAUUGUGGCCAAGCAAAACGUAUAAAGCUUGAUGGGUGUUCAGGGUCACGUGACUCGACCUCCAAGCCGUGGCUAUACUUUGAUGUUGCUCGACUCGUUUGCACCAAGUUGGGCUUGCUGAAAACCGUGGUACGGUACGCAACAGGACGGAGACGCGAAUCAUCCAGAUGGAGUACGGCACCCAAGCACCAACGCCCAAUCCCAGGAAGUGGCAUUUGUUCGUCUGUGGCCACCCAACUCGACUCAACAAGACAGCACCUAUAUCAUUUUGUCCAUUGCACGGACCUGCUCCGCCUUUCCCGGUGAUCAGCGGACUCUGUACUACGCGCAAGCAAACUCAACACAAGACUCCGAGGAGCAUUCAUCGUCGUAACGACAGUAGUGUCCAACGGACCAUUUGGCAACGGCAAGGGGAAAGCAAUCAGACUCAAGGAGGGCUUCAAUUCGUUCUCGGUACAAGACGAAAUCGUGCAUAUCCAACGUUCUCGGUCGUCUCGACACAUUGUCAUCCAUGGAAGGCAUGUUGAGAGGCAGAUUGUCGCCAUCUGCAUCCAACAAGAAAAAGUGUCCCACGUGCCGUUCAUUCCAAACAUUGAUUUGGUUGGGGAUCGCAUCAUAACUGGUAUAGAGGUAUGAAGAGAGGAAACAGAAAGGUGAGGAAGCGAAGCGAAGCGAAGAGAAGGUGCUGGUUGGAAGGGAUCACAACAAGCAACAUACCCGGUUGCCGUAUCCGCGGUGACGAAACGAUAGUGAUUGGCAGGAUUGAUGGAUUCGGUACAAGGUGCAUUGUCGCGGUCGACAAUGACCCGAGCAGCUCCAAACGUGAUGACUUCGGGAUUGUAGUGUGCGAGAUCCGCGGCGGCAACGACGGCCGCAGAGCCACCUUGAGAGAACCCGCUCAAGACCAGUGGGCAUGGUGUGUCGCCACAAGACGCCACACAGGCGUCAAUGCUUUUCCUGGACGAGAGAGAGAGAGAUCAAGUAAACGUCGAUAGUGAGCAAACCUCGUUUGACACAAAAUAAAACUUCCUUCAUCAUUCCGCCACUAGUAGCUAGCUUUUCACUCGAAACCGACAACGCACGCACCUUUGUUCGUCCUUGUAAGAAGACGCAUUGUAUGCAUUAACGUA